AUGCGAAUCCACAACGUCGGGCCAUUGCCACCUCCUCACGACCGUAAUGCGGUCACUGUAGAGGUGGACCACAAGUUUCUGGAGGAUUGGGUAGUAGGAGGAGACAAGCCAUCCGAUUUCUAUAUUAAAGUGAUGGCGAUUGGGGUCAAGAACACUUACAUAAAGAACGAUGGAAAGACUUCGCCAGGAAAGAUGCUUCUCUUUGAUGCAGCGCGUUCUGUCGCCGAGAUGGUCAUGUGGCCAGAGUCCACAGGAUCUGGUCGAUGCGACGUGCGAGCAUUGAACGAGCUCUUGAUGGGAAUCUCCAUUGGAGAUGUCUAUCAAGUUCGUCGUAUCAAUGCUUCGCGCAAACAACCUGGCUGGACUCUUAUCGGAGGCCUUGACAUGCAGCUGACCUGGCUUCAUCGUUGUUCAUUCCUGGUGGAAGACGAUGAGGGCCUGCCGCUGACUUUGGGGGACGUGCCGACUGCACCGCUCAUGAACUUCUUCGAGACGAACGACGAUUCCAGGAUCCCCUGUGUUUCUGUCAGACUCAAAGCCCCAACAUACGAGGAGCCAAGUGGAUUGCCCAAGCUUACAGCGAGCAUCCACGAUUCCUCCCUUGAGAGUGUCCUGGUAGCGCUGGGGGACGCUGCCACACGGAUCGACAAGUGCUGUAAGACAUAUAUGGAUGAACAUCCGGAUGCUACGGACGUGCCUGUCUACAUUAGCAAUGUCUAUCUAAAGUCGGCAUUGUUCACGACAACAAUGCUCUCGGAUGUUGCCAUUCUUGACGCUCGACGAGCGUCGGAGAUCACAGAUGCUCCCGACACAGCGGAUCCGCAAGACGUCGGGCUCGUGCAGCUGAUGAGCAAUGUUGACACAGUCGUGAUGACAACAAAGAAAGAGAAGAUAGCGUCUCUCGUAGCUGAGAUCAAGGAUCCUUUGCACACCUCGCGCACGGUGUGCAAGGGUGGACCGGGGGGUUUCUGCCCACUGACUGUUUACAGAUCUUGUCGUACACGCGAGCAUUCGUGCUCGAGGCAUGGAUCCGCAUCGAUCACCCGGAUCGAUAACACCACUGUGACACUUGUCGUACACGAGAGCGUGUCAUUCAAGAACCAUGCCCACGGCUUGGUGGUUCAACCAAGCAUCUUGACAAAAGUAAUCCCGCAGCUCCAGAUGUCUACAUUUCUUUCCUUGCCCUCGGAUCAGCGCCAAAGCCUGCUGGAUGCUCUUCAAGGCCGAUGGCUCGUAAAGGUUCAUUUUGGUCUUGAGGGGGGGCGCAUCCACAAGACCAUUGUUGACAUCUCGAGCGUCCCGAAGUCAAAUGUCGACACUGUCAACUUUGAUACGUCGAGCACCCAACCAACGGCCACACCGACAAAGAGGAGGUUUGAGCAACGGUGA